GUGGCGACAGACAAGGUUGCUGGAAAGCUGAGUUCUACUCUCUCAUGGGUAAAGAACUCGGUUUCCCACACUGUCAGUCAGAUGGCUAGCCAGGUGGCCCCGCCCACAUCUCUACAGACCCCCGCCACUUCCUCCUCCACAUCUCUGUCCUCGCCUGCCCUCUCGCCGUCCUCGCCGGCGCAGCUUAGCCCCGAUGAUGUGGAGCUGCUCGCCAAGCUGGAGGAGCAAAACAGGCUUCUGGAGACGGACAGCAAGUCUCUGCGCUCCAUGAAUGGCUCGAGGAGAAACAGCGGCUCCUCGCUGGUGUCCAGCUCCUCGGCCUCCUCCAACCUCUCCCAUCUGGAGGAGGACACCUGGAUCCUGUGGGGCCGAAUCGUCAAUGAGUGGGAGGAGGUGCGGAAGAAGAAGGAGAAGCAGCUUAAGGAUCUCGUCAGGAAAGGGAUUCCCCACCACUUUCGAGCAAUUGUGUGGCAGUUGUUGUGUAACGCCCAGAACCUGCCCAUCAAAGAUCAGUACUCUGAGCUCCUUAAGAUGACCUCGCCCUGCGAGAAGCUCAUUCGCAGGGACAUCGCUCGCACUUAUCCCGAACACGAGUUCUUCAAGGAGAAGGACAGCCUGGGCCAGGAGGUGCUCUUCAACGUCAUGAAGGCCUAUUCUCUGGUGGAUCGUGAGGUGGGCUACUGCCAAGGAAGUGCAUUCAUUGUCGGUUUGCUGCUCAUGCAGAUGCCAGAGGAGGAGGCCUUCAGUGUGUUUGUGAAGCUCAUGCAGGACUACAGAUUGCGAGAGCUCUUCAAACCCAGUAUGGCUGAACUGGGACUUUGCAUGUACCAGUUUGAAAGCAUGAUCCAGGAGCAGCUUCCAGAGCUUCACAUUCAUUUCCAGGCUCAGAGCUUCCAUACCUCCAUGUACGCCUCCUCCUGGUUCCUCACCAUCUUCCUCACCUCCUUCCCUUUGCCUGUAGCCACAAGGAUUUUUGAUAUCUUCAUGUGUGAGGGUUUGGAAAUUGUUUUCCGCGUGGGGCUGGCCAUCCUUCAGAUGAAUCAGGCUGAACUCAUCCAGCUGGACAUGGAGGGAAUGUUACAGUACUUCCAAAAGGUCAUCCCACAUCAGUUGGACAGCGGACCAGAUAAGGUCAUCCAGGCUGCCUAUCAAGUUAAAUACAACGUCAAGAAAAUGAAGAAGUUAGAGAAGGAUUACACUACAAUCAAAACGAAAGAGAUGGAAGAACAGGUGGAGAUUAAGCGAUUGCGGACGGAGAACAGGCUCCUGAAGCAGAGGAUAGACACACUGGAGAAGGAAAGUGCUUCCUUGGCAGAUAGAUUGAUUCAGGGACAAGUGACUCGAGCCCAAGAGGCAGAGGAAAACUACCUGGUCAAGCGGGAGCUGGCCACAGUCAAACAGCAGUACGAGGAGGCCGCUGCUCAGCUGGAGCAGGCCAAGAAAACCAUCAAGCAGCAGCAGCAGCCACAAGCGAAGGGACCGCCUCGCUUCUCCGAGGAGUCCGUUCUGCAGCUGGAGAAGGAGCUGGUCCAGGCCCGGCUGAAGGAGGCGGAGUCCCAGUGUGCGCUUAAAGAAAUGCAAGAUAAGAUCCUGGACAUGGAGAAGAGGAACUCCUCACUACCAGAUGACACUAAUGUGGCGCGACUCCAAGACGAGCUGAUUGGGGUGAAGCUGAGGGAAGCGGAGGCUCUGACCGGGCUGAAAGAACUGAGACAACAAGUCAGAAAUCUGGAGGAGCACUGGCAGCGCCACCUAGCUCGCACCGCUGGGCGCUGGAAGGACACCCCAAAAAAGAACACGCUGAGCGAGCUGCAGGACGAGCUGAUGAGCGUCAGGCUGCGAGAGGCCGAGGCCCAGGCUGAGCUCAGAGAGACGCGACAGAGGCUCCUAGAGAUGGAGACUCAGAAUCAGAUCCACAGCAACCAGCUGCGGCGGGCUGAACAGGAGAGCCGCUGUCUACAGGAGCGUGUGACGACGCUGACCACCCAAAAUAAGGAUCUGCACACGCAGCUGCAGGAGAUCAAGCGGAGGCAGGCUGAGAUUGAGUGCAAGAGUAAGGAAGAGGUGAUGGCUGUGAGGUUGAGGGAAGCUGACAACAUCGCUGCCAUGGCUGAGCUUCAGCAACAGAUCUCAGAGCUGGAGAUUCAGAAAGAAGAAGGGAAGGUCCAAGGCCAGCUGAACCACACUGACUCCAGCCAGUACAUCAGAGACCUCAAAGACCAGAUAGCAGAGCUGAAACAGGAGAUUUGCUGCUUGAAAGGACAGAAAGGCUUGGUCAGUAAGUCCACCUUCGAUGGGAUCCACAUCGUUAAUCACUAUAUGGGUGUCAGUGAGUCUUACCAGUCCUCUGAUGACGACGGAGCAAAGAACACCAACCUACAGAACCAGAACCUCCUGCAGAGGAGCGGAGGUCGUAUUAAGCUGCACCCCAAGCUGGAGGACACGGACAGCGAGGAAGAGGAGGAUGGGGAAUCGCUGCGGCUCUCUGUGCCUCAGAGCAAGUCCACCACGGUGUGAGGGGGGGGGCAGAGCGUGCUUCUCACAGCCAUUUCAGACAUUUGGUUUUCCAAAAAAAGCAAACCCAUCAUUUCAUAUCUUUUAAAUCAAACUUGGAGCUUUAUUUGGCGGGAGUUGUGUUUUGUUUCGUUGGCCCCACUGACACAGCCGAGGUCAAACCAGGACCUCCGCAGAGAAUCGAACGGCGUGGAUCGUACCAAACUCUACAAGGACACGGGGGGGCCGGGGGCUCAUCUGGGUACAACACAGAAAGAGAGACUGUGCAAUAAACAUUUUAUCCUGUAUUCCACACUUCAUCCAACAUUGUUUUAUAUUUUUUAAAGGAUUUUAUAAACUACUAACAAGACUACAUCGAUGCUGUCGCUACCGUUACUUCCAUCAUGCAGGGGCAGAACCGUACGAAUGCGUGUGUGUGUGUGUGAGCGUGUGUGUGAGAGCGUAAAUGUAUCAGACGAUGUUUGUCGGAGCCUGGUAUCAAAGCUGCUUCUGUCCGACCGAUUAACGUCUCUGCGUCGCACCCUGCACGGAUUGGUCAGUGUGACAUCCGCAAACAUGUAGAUAUGUAAAUGUGUUUAUUUUCUCCUUAUUUUUUUGAACUUGAAAACAUGUUUAAUAUUGCAUAUCGGAUGUUUAGAUAUGUUGUAUAAAUAAAGAAGGGACAUAAGUUAUAUAUGAUAAAGGAGAUGGAUUAUUGUGUGUGUGGGGGGGUGCAUCAUAAAAACCUUUCAGCUUGUUACGUUCUGAGAAGGAAACAUGGAAAUAAAAACUAAACAAGUGCAGGCAGGGUCAUCAGCAUGGUUGGCUGCAUUUGGUGCAUCUGCAGAUGAGUCAAACAUGAGUCAAAUCUGUUGUUUGAUUUAUUUGGUUUGCAUGAUAGAGGAGAUGAAGUCAAAUCUGCAGGAGAUGAGCACCAAGGGAACAGCUGGAUGUUUGCAAUGAACACUAACUUUCUGCAGAAACAGGCAACACUAUGAAGCACUCGCUCACUCUGGACGGACUACAUGAGAUUGUUGCACUUGUAAGAGAAGUGAUGAGGUUCAUAAUAAAAUGUUU